AAAGGAGUACAAAGCAAACCAGCCCCAAACCCCAAGAAGGCCAGAGGAAGAAAGCAAAAGAAGUAGAGAGAGAAACGCAAGAGGGGGGAAGGGAGGACAGAGAGAGAGAGAGGGGCAGGCGCCGGCCCCCGUGAUUUCCUUUACCUUUCGCUUUCGUCUCCUCGGUCUCUCUCUCUCUACCUCACGCUGCUGCGUCCUAAACACCAACCGUCGAAUCCGCAGUCACGCCCGCCCGCCCGCCCUUCGCAGCUGCUACGGCCCGAGUGUACGACCGUGUGUGUCCAAGAAAUGUGAUGGUUUGCUGCGACUAGCCAAGUGUCGUGGCAAGGCAAUGACGCUGCAGAUGGAGCCGCCGCCGCCGCCGCCGCUGCGGUCCGUGUCGACGAGCUGCGACCUGCACCCGGGGGAGACCUUCACCGGUUUCUGCGCCGCUUGCCUCCGCGAGCGCCUCUCGGGCCUCGAGGCCUCCGCCGCUGCCGCCGCCGCGCCGGGCCGCAAGUCCACCUCCGCCAUCCGCUCCCUCUUCACUAGGCCGUUCGCCGGCGGGGCCCCGUCGGGUUCCGGCGCCCCCGCGCUGUCGGACCUCCGCCGCAGCAAGUCCUUCUCCUGCGGGCGCGGGGGCGACGCGCUGGCAGCCGCUGCCGGCGCGGACGAGCCGCAGCGGCGGUCGUGCGACGUGCGCGGGCGGAGCACGCUCUGGGCGCUGUUCCACCAGGACGACCGCGAGCGGGUCCGCGACGGCACGGCUUUCGGCGCCUUCCCGGCCUCGUCUUCCGCGGCGGCGGCCGCGCUGGCCGCCGAAGUCCAACCGCCUCCCCCACCGGCGUGCGUCCCUGAGGUGUUCUUUGAGGAGGAGAUCGCUGUGGCCGAGGAGUCCGACGAGAUUACUACGGUACUGGAGCCCGUCUUGGUGGUGGACACCUCUGGGGAGAUGGAAACUGAAGCGAAUGCGGCACGGGAGGUUAGGGCCAUGAAAGAUCACAUAGAUCUCGAGUCCUUGCAGUCCCAGCCCAAGAAGCCGCUGCCCAAGGACCUGAAGGAGAUCGCCGGGAGCUUCUGGCUCGCCGCCUCGGUGUUCAGCAAGAAGUGGCAGAAAUGGAGGCGCAAGCAGAAGCUCAAGAAGCAGGAGGCCUCUGGCAGCAAGGCGGCGGCAGCGGCAAUGCCCCCACCGGAGAAGCCUUACAAGCACUCAUUCCUCCGGCGGAGCCGCUUCCGUGGCGAAGUCGGCUCGGAGUUCGCUGGAGGUCGGCGUUCGUGCGACACCGACCCAAGAUUCUCCCUGGACGCCGGCCGCAUGUCCGUCGAUGAUGUGGGCUUCUCCUGGGACGAGCCCCGCGCGUCGUGGGACGGCUACCUGUUCGGCGCCGGCACUGGCAUUGGCCUUGGCCGCGCGCCCCCGCAAGCCUCCCGCCUCCCGCCCAUCCUCUCCGCGCUCGAGGACUCCCCUGCCGGCAUCGUCGAGCGCUCCGACGGUCAAAUCCCCGUGGAGGACGACUCCCAGCCCGAUCCCGAUCCCGAUGCCAACAUCCCCGGCGGCUCGGCGCAGACGCGAGACUACUACAUGGACUCGUCAAGCCGGAGGCGCCGGAGCCUGGACCGGUCCAGCUCCGUGCACAGGUCCUUCGAAGUCUCCGGCCCAAAGCCAGUGCCAGUGGCCGCGCCGGCCGCCAUUACCAAUGGCAAGGACUCCCCCCUAGUCGGGAGCUCGGAGUUCUACCACUUCCACCACGCCGAAGACCUGCUAGACCAUCAUCGGUUCGGCACCAACUCUCUCGUCGAAGACUUCUCCGCGAGCCUGGACGCCGCCUUCCAUGGUCCCGCGAAGAAGCCGCGUCGAUGGCGCAAGGCCUGGAGCCUCUGGGGCCUCAUCCACCGUAGGGCUGCCGGCCGCAGGAACGGCGCGUCCGACGUCGCCGACCGGGCGUUCUCCGAGCCGUGGCCGGAGCUGCGCGUCCGCGGGUACAACGGCCGGAUGCAGAGGUGCAACAGCAACGCGAGCGCGCGCAGCUCGUUCAGCAGCAACAGCGGCGGCCUGGGCAGCUCGAGGCGCAGCUGCGUGGACGCCUACGGCAACGUCAACCGGCGGCAGGAGUGCGCGCUGGAGCGGAACCGCAGCGCGCGGUACUCGCCGGGGCACGCCGACAACGGCAUGCUGCGGUUCUACCUCACGCCGAUGCGGAGCGCCAGCGGUCGGCGGCCGGCGGGCCUACCGGCCAAAGGCGGGCGGCACCUGAGGUCGCAAUCGUUCGCGCGGACCAUGCUCGGGCUGUACUGACGACGGCGAGCUGCAGGCCAAGCUGUUCCGUUUCAGCAGUGAAGGGCUUAGAUAUUCAGGACCAUGAGCAAUGGUAUAACCAUAAAUAUUUUGCUACUCAACAUCCUUGUGUAGUGCAGUGUUCCUUUUGUUCAUUUGGGGGGGCUGGAUAAAACGAUGUUUGAUCUCACAAUCACCUUCCUAUUUUCGUCCU